CCGCACCGUGCCCUGCACCUCGCGGUACCGCGCCGUGCCCGGAGCCCGCAGCGCCCGCGCCCGGCGGGACCAUGAUGUCCUGUGCUGAGCUGCUGGCCGUGUGCCUGCUCUCCGCCGAGCGCGGCCCCGCGCCCCUCCGCCAGCCGCUCCCCAUCUUCCACGACAUUUUCCGGCGAGCCGACAAGAACGAUGAUGGGAAGCUGUCAUUCGAGGAGUUCAAGAACUAUUUCGCUGAUGGGAUCCUGAGCUCGGAGGAGCUGUGGGAGUUGUUCAGUGGCAUUGACAGGCGUCACUCAGAUAACGUGGACACGGAGAAGUUGUGUGAUUAUUUCUCGGGAUAUCUUGGAGAAUACAGGAAUGUGCUGUCUGCCCUUGAAACCCUCAAUGCUGCUGUGCUGGCUGCCAUGGACAAAACCAAGCUGAGGUAUGAGACCUCCUCGAAGAUAGAGCAGUUCCUGACCCGAUUCCUGCUCCGGGAAACCAUGCACCAGCUGCAGUCCCUGCAGGCAUCCCUGGAGUGUGCUGUGGACACCGUGGAGGAGCAGGCGGGACGGGAGAGAAAGGACAUAAAGAAACCUGAGACUUCAGUUGGCCUGAGGUCGGGGAGACGCUGUGGGCGCAGAGGACAGAAAAACGUCUGUCUGUCUCCAACAGACCCCUAUUCCGGGAUGCUGACAACAGGUGUUUGUGUCGAGGACAACAGCCAGUGGAUGGCUCAGAUCCACAGGCUCCAGCAGCUCAUCGAGAAGCUGGAGUGCAAGAGCCCACGCCUGGAGCCGCUGAAGGAGGAAUCCAUGUGCAAAGAACAAGAUGCACACAUCCUGGUGGCCAAGAGGCAGAUCUCGGUGGCCACGAGCAGCAUCGAGGAGUUCCGGCAGGCGUUCCGCUCCUACACCGAGGGCACCGCCGGGCACAGCAGCUGCCUGCAUGUCUCUGCCUGCAAGCUGACAGACGAGGCCUGCUUCAUCCUGUACGAGUUCUGGCAGGACGUGACCUCGUGGAGAAGCCACUUGCAGUCCAGCUGCAGCAAGACUUUCCAGCAGUCCAUCAUCAGCUUGCUGGAGUCCCCGGAGCUGCUGACCACCAUGCUCUUCCCAGCUUCCUGGUGGAUCAUGAACAACAACUGACCCAGGCAGACACCUCAGGACACCGUCAGCAUGCGGGAGGACACGGAGCCCUCGGCACAGCCCUCGCCUUCCCUCACGUUCCUCCUUUCCCUGUCCCUCACCCCCUUCCUGCUGCCCAACAGGGCUGCCUGCCCUUGGCCCUGCCAGUGUUUCACCUCUGCUGUUUUCCUGUUAAUUUACUUAUUUAUUUCCACCCCAA